AUGGCCGAGCUGAGUGUCGAGGUGCGGGUGGUGAUGUGCACUCAAAACGAGGGCAAGCUCACUGAGGUGCGCAAGUACUUCGAGGCACGCCAGACCGCAGCAGCGGGCGGCGACGGAGCUCCGUCGGUGCGGUUCGUGGUGGUGUCGCCCUCGGAGGCGGGCCUGCCGCAAGUGGAGGUCGACGAGGACCAACCCACGCUCGAGGGCAACGCGGCCAAGAAGGCGCGCCAGCACUACCGCCUUCUCCCUCCUUCCGCCGCCACCCCCACUGGCCCGUGCCCCGACCAGCGCUCGAUGACCGUCGUGGUGGCCGACGACACGUCACUGGCCAUCGAGACGCUCAACGGGGAGCCCGGCAUCAAGGUGCGGCGGUGGAAGGACGGCAUCACCUCCAUGACCGACGAGGGCAUCAUCACCCACUGCCUUGCCCGCAUGCAAGGCCACUCCAACCGCUGUGCCGGAGGAAGUGACGAGGAACCGGAGGUGGAGUACUUCAACGGGCUGCUCGACGGCACCAUUCUGGAGGAAGCCGACCCGAUGCGCAUCGCGGGGUUCCCCAUGGAGAGCCUCUUCUACGUCGACGAGUAUAGCCUGCUACUGGGCACCAUCCAGCUGCUGCCCCCCGACGAAAAGCUCAAGUACGCCAGGCUACUGGACAAGCUCUACGCCCGGCUGGUGGAGCUUGCGCUCAGUUCGCCACCCUCCUCAUGA